GGUCCCGUGGAGGGGAAGGGUGGCGGGAAGGCCAACAUGCUGCGAGGCCGGAAUUCGGCCACCUCCGCCGACGAGCAGCCCCACAUCGGCAACUACCGCCUGCUGAAAACCAUCGGCAAGGGCAACUUCGCCAAGGUCAAGUUGGCCCGGCAUGUCCUGACCGGCAAGGAGGUCGCCGUGAAAAUCAUUGACAAGACGCAGCUCAACUCCUCCAGCCUGCAGAAGCUCUUCCGGGAAGUGCGAAUAAUGAAGGUCCUGAAUCACCCCAACAUAGUGAAGCUUUUCGAGGUGAUCGAGACGGAGAAGACGCUUUACCUCGUCAUGGAGUAUGCCAGUGGGGGUGAGGUUUUCGACUACCUGGUGGCCCACGGGCGCAUGAAGGAGAAGGAGGCCCGGGCGAAGUUUCGACAGAUAGUGUCGGCCGUGCAGUACUGCCACCAGAAGUUCAUUGUCCACAGGGACUUGAAGGCGGAAAACCUACUACUGGACGCCGACAUGAACAUCAAAAUCGCCGAUUUCGGCUUCAGCAACGAAUUCACCUUCGGGAACAAACUGGACACGUUUUGUGGGUCCCCCCCCUACGCUGCCCCCGAACUCUUCCAGGGGAAGAAAUACGAUGGCCCUGAAGUUGACGUCUGGAGCUUGGGUGUCAUCCUCUACACCCUGGUCAGCGGUUCCUUGCCCUUCGAUGGGCAAAAUCUUAAGGAGUUGCGGGAGCGGGUGCUGCGGGGCAAAUACCGGAUCCCCUUCUACAUGUCCACCGACUGUGAGAACCUGCUGAAGAAGUUUCUCAUCCUUAAUCCUACCAAGAGGGGCACCUUGGAGCAAAUCAUGAAGGACCGCUGGAUGAACGUGGGCCACGAGGACGAUGAGCUGAAGCCCUACAUGGAGCCUGUGCCAGACUACAAGGACCCUCGGAGGACAGAGCUGAUGGUGUCCAUGGGGUACACGCGGGAGGAGAUCCAGGAGUCACUGGUAGGGCAAAAGUACAACGAGGUGAUGGCGACCUACCUGCUGCUGGACCACAAGAGCUCCGAGCUGGAGGAGAGCCUGGCGCUGAAGCCGCGGGCGGCCCCCGACCUGGCCAACAGCUCAGGCCCCUCGCCAGCACACAAGGUCCAGCGCAGUGUCUCCGCCAACCCCAAGCGCCGCGUCAGCGACCAGGCCGGCCUUUCCAUCCCCACCUCGGCCUCCUACUCCAAGAAGACGCAGGCGGCCAACGCCGAGAACAAGCGAGGAGGAGGAGGAGGGGAGGAAGAGGGGGGGCGGCGGGCGGGCAGCACUGCCAAGGUGCCCCCCAGCCCCCUGCCCGGCCUGGAGCGAGCCAAGGGCACCCCUUCACCUUCCACGCACCCGAAACCCACCGCCACCCCUACCGAUGCCAACUGCGAGGCCACCCGGCCCAGCGGGGCACCCAGCCGGGUACCGGCAGCUUCUCCUUCAGCCCACAACGUCAGCCAAGGUCCCGGGGAACGACCCAGCUUCCCCCGGGGGGUCUCCAGCCGCAGCACCUUCCACGCCGGACAGCUGCGACAGACGCGCGACCAGACCCCCCUGCCCUACGCGUUGCCCCCCGGUCUGCCCCCCGCCUCCCCCUCCGGUGCCAGUCAGGGUCGUCGCGGUCCCUCCGCCAGCCUCUUCAGCAAGUUCACCUCCAAAUUCGUCCGGAGGAACCCGCACGAGCCCGAGAGCAAGGACCGAGUGGAGACGCUGAGACCAGCGGUAGGUCCCGAAAAAGAAACCCGCGAAGCUGGCGCUCGAGAAGCCAAACCUCGUUCUUUACGUUUUACCUGGAGCAUGAAAACGACGAGUUCCCUGGAACCGGGCGAAAUGUUACGGGAAAUCCGGAAAGUUCUGGACGCCAACAGUUGUCGGUGCGAACCCCAGGAACGGUUCGUCCUCCUCUGCGCCCACGGAGCUCCCGGGCACGAUUCCUUCGUCCAGUGGGAAAUGGAAGUUUGCAAACUUCCCCGUCUUUCCCUCAACGGCGUCCGCUUCAAACGCAUCGCCGGGACCUCCAUGGCCUUCAAGAACAUCGCCUCCAAGGUGGCCAAUGAGCUCAAGCUCUGAGCGGGGACGGCGGAGGAGGGGGGAGACAACGGUGUCACCUCUGUCACCUCCCCCCACCCACCAACCCCCUUCUCCCACUUCGGGGGAGCGGAGGCGAUGGAUUGAGGCGGGGGGGAUGCGUGUCCGGGAUCGGAUGGACCUGGGACAUUGCGGGGGGGGGUGUUCUUGAAGGGGCUGCGUGGGGACGUUAUGGAUGGACCUGGGGACCUGCAGGGACGUCCUGGGUGGGCCAGGACAUCCUGGGGACA